GUGUAGUAAUGAAUACACUCGAAGGCGAAUGUGUUUUCAAUCUGACAGCGUACGUGUUCAUCGUGACAGUCAAUAUUUCCCCUUCGGUUGGACGCAGAUAAAGUCUUAUGGUGUGGUGAUAAGAAGAGCAGCCAAAACCCCCAGUUCAAGAUAGAAGAGCAUUAAUCUCUGCGUAUGAGCAAAGUGUGAAAGUGGAGAAGAUAAAAGUCUCGUCUGUCAGUGUUGUGAAUGAUGUCGAACACAAUUGUUGCGCGAACUGCUCUGGGCCCCAUUCGGGGGCUCCACAGUGAAAAUCUCUGGGGCACAAAGUACCUCAGUUUCUACCGAGUUCCCUAUGCCAAGCCUCCAAUUGGCAGCCUUAGGUUCAAGGAUCCAGAACCUGCUGAGCCUUGGACGGAAGUGUUGGAUUGCACAGUGGAGAGCCAAGGAUGCAGCCAGAAGAUGAUGUUCCUGGAAACAUUUCAGGGCGAAGAGGAUUGCCUUCAUUUGAGUGUUUUCACCAGGAAUUCUGACCCUAAGAAAUUGCUCCCAGUCAUGGUUUUCAUCCACGGCGGUGGCUUUGUGUGCGGAUCAAAUGAGACGCAAGUCUAUGGACCGGAUUUCCUCAUUGAGAAAGAUGUUGUUCUCGUGACAAUCAACUAUCGCCUCGGCGCUCUGGGAUUCCUCAAUCUGCACGAUCCCAAUCUCAGUGUCCCUGGCAAUGCUGGACUGAAGGAUCAAAGCAUGGCUCUGAAGUGGGUGAAGAAUAACAUUUCCUACUUCGGCGGAGAUCCCAAUUGUGUCACAAUCUUUGGGGAAAGCGCUGGAGGCGCUUCUGUGCACUAUCAUUUGAUAUCAGAACUGUCGCGUGGUCUCUUCCAUCGGGCCAUCGUCCAGUCGGGGUCUGCCUUCAGCAAUUGGGCCUUGUCUCCUGAUCGAGACUGGGCAGGACGCUUAGCCCAGGCUCUGGGAUGGAAUGGAAUUGGCGGUGAAGCGGCGAUCUUACAAACUCUGAUGGCUGCUGAUCACAUGGAGAUUGUUACAGCGCAAGAAACUGUGCUGACGCCAGAGAUUAAGCAAGAAGGCACCAUCAAUCACUUCGUCCCGUCCAUUGAACACUACCAAAGUGAUCAAUGCAUGAUUCCUCGGCAUCCGCGAGAGAUGUGUCGAACCGCGUGGGGAAAUGCAAUUCCAGUGAUGGUUGGAAUGACCAGUGAGGAAGGAUUAAUAUUCUAUCCAGACAUCAAGAAGAAAAUUGAGAAGAAAGAUCCAAGCUUGACAGAUUGCAUUCCGUUGGAUCUCAAAUUACCCAUGAACAGUGCUGAACGCAAGAUUAUCGCAGACAAGAUUAAAGAUUUUUACUUUGAUAAAACGAAAACAGCCCAAGAAAAGCACGACAAUUACGUAAAUAUGUAUACUGAUAAGGACUUUGCACACGGAAUAACAAGGCUAGUGCGAUCCAGAUGCGAGAAUUCCUUCAAAGUUCCAACUUUUCUCUAUCGCUUCAACCACGAUUUGCCGACUCUUGUGUUCGUGAAGCCACUGUUCUGCCCAGAACCUGGAGUGUCUGGAAUUUGUCAUGGAGAUGAAUUGCCGUGUCUAUUCAAGAACUCCUUCACCGAAGUAACAAUUUCCAAGGAUAGCACAGAAUACAAGGCUAUCGAUCGCAUGGUAACGAUAUGGACAACAUUUGCUGCAACCGGGAACCCGAAUUGCGAUGCUACAAGACCAGAACUCUGGCAUCCAGUGGCAGUUACUGGUCCUCCUUUCAAGUGUCUCAACAUCUCUGAGAGAUUGGAGUUCUGUCAGCUCCCAGAGACAGAGAGAAUGGCUCUGUGGGACUCCUUUUACACCCGUGACACCCUGACAUGAUGACGAUGUGUAUUGAUUUUGGACGGUUGAGGAAAAAGAUGUAAAUAAAUGAUUGUGGAUUUUUUGAAGUGACGAAAAAGAAGUAUUAACUAAAUUGGUCUCCCGCUGCAAAAUGACCAAUUUCGAUC